AUGAUAGAGAGAGCGGUUGGAUGGCUCCACACGGGAGAACGAGCUGUGCUCCGGGGCUCCAAGAAGCAUUCUCGCAAUCGACGCCACCUACACUCUGCCUUCUGGUCUCACGGUGCCGGUAACAUUGAUCUACCGUCUUGGUGGAUGCUCUUUCUACAAAAAUCAGGCUCCGCCCAGGAGUCAUGUUCGAGCAAAAGACACGGAAUCCCAACGGUAGCAUUGUCCAGUGGGCUUCAAGAGAUCUUCCUAGACUUCCUGUAUCCUGUACAUACGCUAGCACUCAUUAGACGGCUCAACCGGUCCACAAAGGCGCAACAUCACGCUGCUCAGAACAUCAAGCACUGUUCCAGAAGCUACACCUCAAUUGCUGCAGAUUUAAUCAAUGGAGCGAAGGCAGUUAGAACAGCUACUGGGGCCCAGGCCCAAGACGCUUCCGCGAGGUCUUCGUCAGAGACGCCUCAGCCGGGCGAUGCAAUAAGACGAGGAAUCAACGAGAUGCUUGAUUCGAAGGAUCAGACUUGGAUCUAUGAUGAGCUGUGGCAAAGCUAUCAAGCUCUACUAGAGAUGUCACAAUCGCUAACGCCACAAGAGCUUAUCAGGAUGCUGCGAUCCUUGGGGGCGUCAAAGAGAACCAUUGAUGUCGAACGUGCCGUGGCUCUAUUCGACAGCAUACCUGUCACGCAGAGGCGGGCUAUUCAUUACAGCUACGCCGUCUCAGCUGCGCUCUCAUUGGAGGACCUGGACACAGCAAUCGACAUCCAUCGUGAGGCUUUGGCAAGGAUUAGUGGUUCUAUCGGGACUGCAGCACUACUUCGGUAUACCGUGCAACAUGAGAAGUGGCAGUUGGCAAUAGACACAUGGCACGCAUAUUGGGUCAAUAAACUACACUACUACACAAGGCCCGAUAUUUGGACAGGAGUCAACGCUCUGUCUCUGCCAGAUUUGAUGGAGAAGGCUAUCUCGGCUGCGAACUUCGCAAUUUCGACUGCUGAAUCUUCUUCACAACAUGAGAAUGCAGUGGCUGCUCGCGAUUUCGCAUUAGAAUUAAUUCGACAAACUCUUUGCAUUCAGAACACCAACUUCGAUAUCCACAACCAUUGGCGGCUCGUUCAGAAGGCAAGAACCCUUGAUGCUUCGGAUAUGACGACACAAACCAUGGCUUUGGAGCAGCUAUUAUCCAUUAACAGUAGGGAGCAUGGGCAUCGCGCACUGAACCUUUACCGGAUACUACGAACAGAGUCGGCAUUCUUACCUAGUACGGACUUACUCUCAUUGGUGACGAGCAAGCUAGUGGCAGAAAAGAGUAGUCUCGGCAUGUUUAUGAUUAUCGAAGAUUGGCGCACUUACCAUCAGAAACUACCCGCUGGCAUUGCUAUCAAUGUGGCGAACGUCCUUGCUCAACUCGGACAGCUUGAGCCCCUCCAAAACCUAUUCCAUGAUUUUUGUUCUACGUAUGGAAGGCCUACCAGGAAAUGGUGGUACAACAUCCUGCUUUUCGUCCACAACAGGCGAGCAGACCCUGAGGGUGUGGUGCGCGCCUUCAACGACCUGCAGAAGGAUUUUCACUUCAAGCCUACCGUGCGAGCCUGGAAUUAUGUUAUUGGGACAUUCUCUCGCAUUGGCGACGUUGACGGCGCUUUGACUUGGUUCAACAAACUCCUCGAGUCCGAGUUACGGCCGGACUCCAGAACCUACUUCCUGCUAAUGUCUUUGUACGCGAAUAGAGGGGACUGGGAGACCGUCCAUGAGUUCCAUCAACAAUCGAAGAUCGACGGUAAUAAAACAACCAUGUUGAUGGUUGACAGUAUUGUCUUGGCAAACAUUAACGAUGAGAGAUUGGCAGAAGCCGAGCAACUUGUAAAAGAGGCAUUGCACAUGGAUUUAGAAGGAUCUCGGACGUUUAUGUGGACCAUUCUGCUCAACGCGUAUGCUCUGCGCAGAGAGGUAGAGAAGGUGUCUGUGUUGCACAAACAAAUGCAAGCUGCAGGAGUGGCAUCUAAUGGCAUGACUUAUGCUGCUUUGAUGACAAGCCUGACAAUUGCUAAGAUGCCCCAAGCAGCAUAUAAGAUCUUGGAUACGGUAAUGCCGCGAGCAAAAAUGAAAAGAACGUCGCUACAUUAUGCCAUCGUCAUGGGAGGAUACCUUGCAAACAAGAACUACGGCAAAAUAUUCGAACUCUACAAAGAUAUGCUGACGCGCAAUCUCAGCCCGACAAUGAGCACCCAGAACAUCCUUCUCCGAGCGGCAGCCUCAGUGGACAAGGCGAAGCAAGGUUACGACGAAGAUCCUGAGAACCGAACCGAGCUUGGACGUGCACAACAGACUUUUGAGCAGACGAUAUCCGAUCUGGAUCCAAUGGAACUCGCGGCUUCGGAACCGCGCAAAUUCGUGGGGCCUAACCCCCUAAAUGAGUCCUUCUCCUCCACCUACUUCGAGUAUCUCAUCUUCCUCUAUGGCAGAGACGCUGCUUUUGCUAAGGUCACUGAGCUCUACGAACGCUACAUCUCCACUUCCGCCCGAUUCAGCCACCGUGACGUCGAAGCCAGUCCUCCAAUUCGGUUACUUAGCGCUCUCAUGAUCGCUCACAUACGCGCUGGCGACCAUGAAGAAGUUGAGCGAUGCUGGUUCCUCGCUCUCGACAAGUCCGAGAAGCUCGCCUGUCGCGCCAGGGCCGUUACGUCGGAGCCAGGCUGGGUAUUACACUCACGCCGCCUUGUAAUGAAUGUACCUCUACGGCAUUACAUAAUCUCCCUAGCUGAACAAGGCCGCAUCGAUGAUCUGAUCAGCACAAUCAAACAGCUACACUCCUCUGGCUUCGCCCUCAACAGUCCUAAUUGGAACCUCUACAUCCAACACCUUGCCCAGUCCCCCGAAUCUAGACAUCAGCUGCUCGCCUUUGAGCUCUGCGAGCGCGAACUGAUCUCAAACUGGCCGGGCUGGGAUACAUUGGGCGAUCCCACUUACGUCAAGGUCAAACUCCGCGCAAUGAUGAGGGAUACAUUGCUUUUGCCGAACCAAAAGAUGCCAGCAUACUUGACUCUGGUACAUUUGGCAGCUGUGUACCUGCAGGCAAAGCAAGGGAUUCGUCUCACGCCGCCACGGCGCUUUUUCAGGGUUGCGCCAAAGACGGUGGAUGCGCUCAGUAAUAUGCCUAGGAUGGCAGAUACAUACCAGAUUACUCUUUUACGUGGAGGAUAG